CUCCCGUCUACGCGCAGCCCCGAGGCUCGUGCUGCGCGCGCCGCCUUGCAGACGUGUGGGAGCCCGCGGCGCCCGUGAAAGGGUGGAAACUGACCCACGACCUUGUGGUAUCCAUGACUGAUCGCUCUUGGGAGAUGAUUCUUGUGAGACAGGACACUGGAUAUCACUGACCUGAGGGGGAGCCGGGUGUUGUAGCCACAAGGCAUCUUGGAAGGACCUGGAGGAGCACCCUGAGUCUGCAGCUGCCAGUUCCACCCUGGGACUGAGUGUCGUGCAGCAGGCGUCCUGAGAUCAGUCCUUGCUUGUGCUGUGCCUUGCCUGCCUCCUUGAGGGAAACACAAGGAAGCCGGGACUAGCUGUUGCCUCAAUGACAAGUAUGUCCCAGAGCUUGGUGACCUUUGCAGACGUGGUUGUGAACUUUACCAAGGAGGAAUGGAGUCUGCUGGACCCUGCUCAGAGGAAUCUUUACAGAGACGUGAUGCUGGAAAACUGUAGGACCCUGGCAUCCAUAGAUGAGAUGACUCAACAUGAAACCAAAGACACAACCCCUCAGCCCGAUGUUCUUGCUAAAAGAACCUUUCUUGAAGCAAGCAGAGUAUGCCUCACGAGCAGCCAUUCCCAGCCCUCCCCAAUAAGAGAAGGCUGGAAAUGCCACAAAAUAGAGAAGCCACACAAGCAGACAGAGCAUAAUCUGAAGCAAAUGGCAAUUGCCCCUGAGGAAGAUGAAUCUUCAGUUAAAGUCUGUGAAUAUCACGAAAUAGGGGACAGCUCAGAACCUGUGCUUUCACAAGGAGAUUCCAAAAGAAUAUAUAUCCCAAACUGUGACUCAAAUAUUUUGAAAUAUAAUCCUGUCUUAAAUAGUAGUCAAAAAAUAUAUAAAAACAAUGGAUGUGAUAGAGUCUUGGAGCAGAACAUUCCAUUGGUUCCAUGUGGGAGAACUCAGACAGAGUUGAAAUCAAACACAAGGACUAGUCAUCAGAACAGUCUGCAUCAUAUACAUAAUAAAAUGGAUACAGGGGCAAACAUUCAUGAAUGGAAUCCAUUCGGGGAAGAUUUAUCCCUUAGGGCACACAGGACUCAUGUUAGAGAAAAAAUGGGUGAUUCUACUCAUUGUGAAAACAUCUUCAGAAAUAGCUCAAACCAUCUUGCGCAGAUGCAGUCCUCUUAUACUGCAGGGACAAAUAAUGAGAAUCUUCAAAACAGAAAAAUGUCUGCCCACAUUCCAGAUUCCUGUUCACUCAGGAGCACUAGUAAUGGAGAGAAACCCCAUAAAUGUUAUGAAUGUGGGAAAGGUUUUAUUUAUCAGUCAUUCCUUAUGAGACACAUGGCAAUUCACACAGAAGAGAAACCCUAUGAGUGUAAGAAAUGUGGGAAAUCCUUUAAAUAUUUCUUACACCUUAAUAAACAUUUAAGAAUGCACAUCGUGAAGACAUGUAAGGAAUGUGGUAAAGCCCUCAGUCGGUCCUCACUACGUGCACAUGUAAGGAUUCACACUGGAGAGAAACCAUAUAAAUGUGAGAAAUGUGGAAAAGCCUUUAUACGGUCUUCAGGACUUAAAAGCCAUCUCAAGACUCACAGUAGAAAGAAGCCCUGUGAGUGA